GUUAUUGGUAGUAAAAAAAUACUUGGAGAGAGCUUGAGUGAUCAUAGUUGAAGCUUUAAUAUCUAUCACUCUGUAGUAUAAUAAUUAAUUGUACGCAUUGAAUCAGAUUGAGAAUCGCAAACUCAAACUUUCAACCUCGCUCAAACGCUCGCGAUAUCAUAUCGAUAAAAAUAUCAAUUGUGCUCGAUAUCAUCACAUACGAAUACAAUACAAUACGAUACAGUACAAUACGAUAUCACAAUGUUACCAUCAAAUCUCAGACAUAUACCGCGCUCGCUUUCUAAGAGCUCGCUAUCUAUCUCUAUCUCCAAAGCUAUUUCUGCAUCUAUAUCUACAUCUACAUCCUCGCCAACACACUCCAGGAGACAAUUCGCCAGUACCGCUUCCAAAAAGGAUCAGAAUAGGAUAUAUUCCCCAGUGCGCUACCCCCCCGACCUCGCAACCCACAUCAGCACCAGCACCUCGACCUCCAAACCUCUCCUCACUCUCUGGACCACCUCCUACUGCUCCACCUGCAAAACCGUCUCUCCGCUGCUGCGCUCGAUCCUCGAAUCCGGCGUCGGAGAAAAAGAAGGCGGAGUCCUGUUUGCGGAAAUCGAAUACGAUGCCCCGGAUAUUAUGAAUGAGGGCUUGGGAAUGCGGUACAUGGUGAGGAGUGUGCCGAGUCUAGUGGGGUUUUGGAGGGGCGAGGUGAUGGGAGGGGAGGGGGAGCGGUUGGGCAGUAGAGAGAUUCAGGAGUUGGGGAGGGAGGGCUUGGAGGAGUGGGUGAGGGCGUGUGCGAGGAAAGGGGGGGAGUGGAGAGAGGGGCAUCCGGGGGGCGAGGGACUUUUUGGUGGGUUGUGGAAGGGUUGGGGGAAAUGAGGGGGUGGGCUUGAGUUUUUUUUGUAUAUAUAUAUAUGCGUGUAUUUUUAUUUCUGUCGUUUUAUCACAUAUCACAUAUCACAGAUUAGAUUACAUAUUUCCAUAAUAUUUGGAUAAAAUUGAAUGAAGCCAAACAAACCAUUUUUAUGAUCUACCUACCUCAUUCCCCUCCUACUAUCUUCUAAUUAUGAUUA